UGGUAAUUGCGAUCAAUUUCUGUAGUGCCAAUCCUUGGUGCCUUGGAUUGAGUCGAUUUUAGGAAUCGUCUUUUUUUUUUGUGGUUCGAUUGGGUUAUCUGGGCAUCCGGAUCCCUUCACACUUCAAAGUCCACAUCCACAUCACGACCUUCACAACCUCCACAACCUUACAGCAAUGGCUACCAUAACUCGUCAACCCUUUGCGCCUCUCGAUGGAGCGCGCUUGCAGACGUUAACAAGUCUUAAGAACAGACAGAAUGCUCUCUCGAACGCGUCGUCCCCGAAGCGGAAAGCAUCAGAUAGCUUGGAUACAGACGAUUCCGAGAACGUAGACCCGGUGCUCCACUCUAAGAGAUCAAAGGGCUCGGAUAACGUCUUUGUCCCUAAGGAUUCCUUUGUAAAGCCGUCAUUCAUCCUCACAAAGUCGGCUAGUGCAAAUGAUGUCGCUGUUCUCAGCCCGCCCAAGGCAGCAGCCGCUCCGCGCGCACGGUCCCUACUCAACCCCAGGUCGCCUGCUUCAAAAUCCAACAUCAGCUCGGCCAGAUCCACACCCCUCUCGGCUCCCGCCGGACGAUCUCCAACCCGUGGCAAGAGAACCGGCAUCCUUUCUUCCCGUCAGCGUACCAAGGCAUUUUCCCGAGUAAACCCGCCCAACUUUGGUUCGUCAAGCGCAUCUCCCGCCCCGUUCUCUUUGGAUGCGGCCCUCAAAGGCACGAUCCCCAGCUACAACAGCCGCAGCGCCUCUUCAUCGGCGAAGUCCUCAUUGUCAUCUAGUUCGCUCGACCUCGGCAGUCUGCACGAGGGGGAAAUGAAGCAGUCGUGGUUCUUCGACAUCCACGAAGACACCCCAGAACAGGAAAUGACCAACCUACUACAGCACAGCACUUGCGUUCUAGAUAUUAGCUCGGACGAGGAGAGCGAGACCCGACGCCAGCGGGAACGCGCGGAGGGCAAGGAGAACGUACCCCCGGUAGACGACGUCUCUCAGACCUCGCGACCCCGGGCCUCGAGACCGGCUGCGGACGACGAGAUGAUGUUCGAGAAGGAGCGGAGUCCUCUCGGCGAGAUGAACGUUCGCGAGUACUACUCGGAAGGAUGUGACGAGAAUACCAUCGUCAUCAUACCAGGUGACGACGAAGAGGCCAACGAACCCCACCAACACCAACAGCAGCAAUCGGAGAACAAGCCAGAUUUCACUCCCCUAUCUAGCUCAAGCGAAUUACACGCCCCCCAACCUAGCGUCAAAGACGGCGCGCAGUCUGUAGACCAACUUAUGGGAAAGGCGGAUGAGCCCGCCCCUAGCGCUGCCGUGCUCGAGCCUGUGGAGGGCACAGGCGAAAGCUUCGAGGUAUGGGAAAGCGGAAGCGCGAAGGACGAAACGGAGACGGAGACGGAGAUGGCGACAGCAGAAGCGACAGAGUGCUAAUGACGAAUGGAUGAGGAAUACUACGGAUUACGGAUAUCCUACGGGGGGAUAAGCAACGGCGUCACGGGGCGUUUUUCUUUUUCUUAAAGUUAAUGGCGGGCAACGGCUAGGUUCUACGGUUGGGUUUUCCUAACGGCUGGGUUCUUAUGGCGAUGUGCGGAAUGGGACCGGAUGGUACUCUGCUUUUUCUUUUUUACUGUUGAUUCUGUACGAGUUCUUGUACAUACCUAAGGUAGAGAGGCUUAUUCUCUUCUGGGCCUACUUUUGCACUGGGGCACCCCAUCAAUACAAUGCUCUAUUCGCCUGCGUUCUCUAUGGUGUCUAUUAGGAGUUCGUGAAUAAAGGAGAGGAAUACUUCCAUAUCUGUGAGAAUUCAUAUAGCUACCUAGCUAAGAUCCGCUAUGUAUAAACGCUAGUUCGUUCAAUGAUAGGUGAUUACCUAGGUACCUCACCUUAGAUAAUUCAAGGGGUUGUUAUAAGGGUGAAAAGGGAUAAACAAUUGGAAUGUCUUGUCCGUGUUUGUAGUGUAGAAGUUUAACCGCGGCAGAGCUAUUGGCCGAAAAUCACUUACAUUCUAGGUACCUACACUCCUUACAUAGAGGUAGCUUUGCC